GCUUCCGGGGCAAGGUGGAAACCUGCGUCUCGCAGACCAGGUUGUAGUGUCUCGUCACAGCGAGAGAAGCAGAGAGUGAGUGAUGCAAAUGGAUCGUGGCAGGGAGAGAGGCCGCGAUGGCUACGUCCAUAGCCACUUGCGUUCUGUUGCGGUACCAGUCAGGGAUUCCAAUAACUACCGCCACCGCGAAGAACACGACCGCCUGGAGGAUUCCGACAGCGAUUCCGAGUUACGUCGCACGCAGGAUCCUUCGGAGUAUCGUCGCCUCAAGCGGGAGAAGAUGCGUCGCCAGUUUAAAAAUUGCAUUUGGAACGUUACCCCGAGCCCACCGCGGCACCGUGGCGGCGAGCCGGAGCGUGAGAGGAAGCGGGAGGAGGUUGGUGGGAGCGAGGGGGAAGACGAGGGUUUGCUGAGGAAGAGGGGGACAGGGCAUCACAAUGGAAUGGAUAGUAGUGGGGAAGGUGGGGAUGAGAGCGACCGAGAGGUGGACAGGAAGCAGCGGAAGAAGUCGGUUGAGAAGGAGAAAGUUAGGGUUGAGGACGAAGGGGAGAAGUGGCAGAGGCAUGGGAGGGCACAUGGAAGGAAAGAUAUUAGGGUUAGUAAGAGUGAUGACGAUGGUGCUGAUGAUGAUGAGGAUAGGGGUGGAUGGCAUACGAAGAGGUCGCAUGAUCGGAAGGUUAGGGCUGAUGAGAGUGAGGAAGAGAGAGAGAAAGAUGCAAAGAUGAGCGGUAAGGUGAAACGAAGAGGAAGUGUUGAAGAAUGCGAAGAAGACAGGGAACAUGACGAGAAGCGGAGGAGUAGAAGGUCACACCGAAAUGGGAGCAUUGAUGAAAGUGAAGACGAGAGGGAGCAGCGUGGGAAGAGGAAGGAUGGAAAGCGGACUGAGCGGAAGGUUGUUGCAGAAGAAAGUGAGUCCGAUUCAGACGUGGACCGAAAGAGGAGACAUAAGAAAAUGAAGCAUAGUAGGAGGGUUGAGGAAAGUGAGGAGGAUUCGGAUGUUGAUCGAAAGAGGAGGCACAAGUCCAAAAAGCGUAGCAGUAGGUCUCAUAAGCGUAGGGAGGCUUCGGACGACAGUCAAUCGGAUGACAAGGUGAGUAGAAGAAGUCGAAGAGUAAAAUCUUCCAAAAGGAGACGUUCUGAUGACAGCAGUGAGGAAGACUCUGAUGUCGAGCGUAAGGAGCGUGCAAGGACGAAGCGGGGCAGUAGCAGAAGAAGCAGUGAGAGGCGAUCGAAAGAAUCGAGAAAGAAGUUGCGGAAGUUGGAGGAUAGUUCGGAGGAGACUGAAGAAGAGGUCGAUCUUAAAUUGGGUCUCAUGUCCAAGGAAGGGCUCAAACCAUCAGGACCUCCACAUUCAGAUGGAGCAGCAGAGAGUUCUUCAGGAGGCUCCGACUCCGAUGAAGCGGAUGUAGAGGAGAUUGGUGAGGAGGUCGCGAAUCAAAAUGAAGUUGACGAAGAGGCUUUUAAAUUUAAGGAGUUGCUGGAAGCUCAACGGAAGGCUGCUGCAGGGGGUCUCGAAAACGAACCGAUGAUAGGGCCAGCUCCGGCACCAAGGGCUGAGGGUCACAUUAGCUAUGGUGGUGCAUUGCGACCUGGAGAAGGAGAUGCUAUAGCUCAGUACGUACAACAAGGAAAACGUAUUCCACGACGAGGAGAGGUGGGACUUUCAGCAGACGAGAUUUCAACUUUUGAAGACUUAGGUUAUGUCAUGAGUGGAAGUCGGCAUCAAAGAAUGAAUGCUAUUCGUAUUCGAAAGGAGAAUCAGGUGUACAGUGCUGAAGAUAAGCGUGCGCUGGCUAUGUUCAAUUACGAGGAGAAGGCAAAGCGGGAACAUAAGGUGAUGUCAGAUUUGCAGCGUCUUGUGCAGCGUCACAUUGGACAAGAGGUUGCUCCUAAUCAUGACCCGUUUGGAACGACGAAAGCUGACGAAGUUCCAAGUUGAUUCAUUCGUGGUGAAGUAGAGAUGUUUAACAGUGAACGUAAGAUUAGAUCCCCUCUCUGGGACAUAGGUCGCUCUGGCGUAGUAUCCCGAACAAGUUUGAUGCGCAUUUUCUCGAUUUUAUAACUUGGACAAUGUCGAGCAGGUUAAGUUGUAAUCUAUUUUUGAGAAAUGAAAAUACAGUACCUUCAUGUAACAUUUA